AUGGCGGCGCCGGUGGCGAUGGCGGCGGUGGCGGCCGCGCUCCGGGACUGGGCAGCGGCGGCGGCGCGGGCGGGCGCGGCGGGACGGGUGGCCCUGUCCGCCUGGGCCUCGCUGCUGGGCGCGCUGGCCGCGCUGGCGGCGCAGAUGCGGGCGGCGCGGCGGCUGCCGUGGGGAGCGGCGCCGCUCGGUGCCUUCCCGGAGCUGCGGGCGCGGCUGUGGCGGAAGCAGCGCGGCGCGGCCGAGGCGCUGCUGGAGCAGCUCGGCGGGCGGCGGAUGGAGCUCCGGGAGGUGCGGGACGCCGCGGGCGCCGCUGCGGCCGCCGUGCUGCGGGUGUACGAGGAGCGGGCGGCCGAGCUGGGGCUGGAGGGGACUCUGCGGCGCGGACCGCGCUGCCCCUCGCUGGCCGACGUGCUGGAGGGGCUGCAGGACGUGGAGCGCUACUACCGGCACCUGUACCUGGAGAGCAAGCUGCUCCUGCAGCGCCUCAGCUGUGACAGCCUGACAGACAUGGAAGCCCUCCCACAGUCCUGGGAGAGGAUUUUGGAGCACCACAAGGAAGACGUUGUUCAAGAUACUCUCCUGAAGAUCUCGCUGUUUGUGGAGAACCAUCAAGAGCUGAUCUGCUCACCUAUCUCCUGACAGAGCAGCAGGGACUUGCACUGACCAUCUUCUGCCACCUUGGUGUGUUCUGGAAUGCUGCAAAGGGGAUGAGGAACUGAAGGAGCUCUGCAGAUGCUUUCCGGAAGCUGAGUUGAUUCUUGGCCUCAGCAGGAAAUGCUUGGACUGUCCUGUUUUCAAGUGGAAAUGGACUUGGUGUCUGAAGAAGAGGCUGAGCUGAACAAACCAUGAGGAUAGAAGGGAGUCACUUCCAGCUGUGGAACUUUCCUUUCGUUCUCCUGCAGCAGAUGUUUUUUGUAUCAUGGAAAAAAUGCUGAGACUUACUGACAUGAGGUGCUGCAGAUGCAUGAGUGUAACAGAGAUUCCCUUAGGCUGAUGCUGUGUAAGAAAGAUGUUUGAGUUCUGUCCUUAGAAAUAAAGAAAAUAUCUCGGAUCAGGGCUUACAAACACUGGGCACCAUGUGCCUCUGAGCAGCAUGUUUGUGUUCAUUCCAAACACAAGGAGGAGGAGGGAGCAAAUCUGGCUUGAAAAUGUAAUUAUGGAGGUGCAUGGAUGCCUGAGUCCUGACACGGGCAGUUUUCAAGGGUGCCAGAGUAUGCUGCUCUGAUCCUCUGCCAGGGCCCACUUGAAACUUCACUGUCUGGUGGCAGCAGCUGCUGACAGUUGAGAGACAUCUUCUGUUGACCAUGGCACUGAUCCCGGGGAGUGGUGGGAUGUUUCUCUCUAAAUAACGUAUUUGGUAAGAAACGGGAGUUUCUCUGGGAAAGCCAAUAAAGAAUUGUAUUGGA